GAGAUGAUAGAAAGCGAUAUCCCGUCCAUAAUGUCAGGAAUCCUUAGGAAUUCAGGGCAAAACCACCACCCUUCACAGGAGUACAGGCUCUUAGCUUCCGACCCCUCCCAGCUGGGCGAAGAUGACCUCCCCAGUGACUUACAGUCCUUGUCGUGGCUGACAUCUGUGGAUGUUCCUCGGUUACAGCAGAUGGCCAGUGGAAGGAUGGAUUUUAGCCUGGGUGCCCAGAAUGCAAUGCUACAACAGACAGGUCCUGUGGCAAGCAACAUGCACUCGGCAGGAGCACCCGGAGCAAUGAUUCACGUCCAGGCCACCCUCCCACAGGGAAUCCUGGGCCUGAACUCCAUUUCAACACACGGAGCAAACAUGAGUCAGUACGCUGUAGGUGGGCAGCCCUCCCCUGGUUUACAGACACAGCAACAACUCUUUCCUCCUCCUCCUCCUCAUUCACAGCAGGUGUUUGCCCUAGCACAGAACACACAACAGUGUAACCCAGCAGCAAUCUACAACACAUCCUACGGGACGCAGCCACACUACUCUCAGCCACGCCUGGCUCCUCACUCUGCCCAAGAACUGCAUCCAAAGCACUACCCCAAGCCGAUCUAUUCGUACAGUUGCUUGAUUGCAAUGGCGCUGAAGAACAGCAAAACGGGCAGCCUCCCCGUGAGCGAGAUCUACAGCUUCAUGAAGGAGCACUUUCUCUACUUCAAGACAGCCCCCGACGGCUGGAAGAACUCCGUGCGCCACAACCUGUCCCUGAAUAAGUGUUUCGAGAAGGUGGAGAACAAGAUGAGCGGGACCUCUCGCAAAGGGUGCCUGUGGGCUCUCAACCCUGCCAAGAUCGACAAGAUGGAAGAGGAGAUGCAGAAGUGGAAGAGGAAGGACUUAGCUGCUAUCCACAGGAGCAUGGCUAACCCAGAGGAGCUGGACAAGCUGAUCACUGACAGACCGGAGAACUGCCGGCGGCCCAGCAAGCAGGCAGAGCCCGAGGUCGCUGCCCUGAACCACAUGACAGCAUCCCAAGGCCGAAUCUCCAUCUCCCAGCUGCAGCCACAGCCUAUCAUGACGCUCUCGCUGCAGUCCAUGCCUCUCCACCACCAGAUCCAGACGCAGGCUCGCAUCACCCCGGACUCACCAGCACCCGCACAAACGCCUCCUCUCCACGCUGUGCCGGACGUGAGCCACAGCCCUCUGCCCCACCACCCUGUGGGACGCGCGCCUCCCGACUUCCUGAACGUGACGGCAGACAUGAGCACCGAGGUGGAUGCUCUUGACCCAAGCAUUAUGGAUUUUGCAUUGCAAGGUAACAUAUGGGAGGAAAUGAAAGACGACAGCUUCAGCCUUGACACCCUGGGUGCAUUCAACAACUCCCCGCUCCACCUCUCAGACUGUGACCUGGGCACCCCCGGCCUCACGCCCAUGUCCAGCGGCAGCGACCACUCCUUCUCCGACCUGCAGGUCACCGGCCUCUACACCACCUACACCACGCUGGACAACGUGGCGGCGGCUCAGUACAUGAACCCCCCGGGCAACAAACCCAUCGCUCUGCUCUGAGUUUUGCACCGCUCAUAGACCUCCAACUCCCAAAAUCCGACCUGAAAGCAAUAAAAGAGCUCCUCCUGCAGACA